AUUCCCUUUAUGAAGGACAUAAUCUUUGGCUACGAAACGGCAGACAACUUGACGAUGAGGAAAGUGUCACAGAGUUAUUUUGAUGAAACAGUGAAGUCUAAUAUGGAAUUAUUCGACCUUUCAGUAGACGAAGCUAUAGCAGAGUCCGUUCAAACGUUUGAGUUGGAGUAACGGCAUGUAGGGUGUGGAUCUCUCCGAUAUUGUUAAGGAUAUGAUCAAGUAUGAAAACGGCCAUCCGAGUGUCCUAGCUAUCAAAAGACUUCAAACGUUUUUAGAGGUUGACCAUGAAACUUCUCAGUUAUUGGAAACCUUACAAUCUAUACAGCUACCACGGAACUCCGACUUUGCUGUCCGCAAAUUGUUAAUCGAUAUGAAUGCUGUAGAUAUCUUAAUAGACCUUUUCGAUCGGUAUUCUCCAGUUGGAGACUAUUGUCUAUGUACGUCACUGUUGAGUGUGUUGUCCAGAAUAGUUAAAGGCCGUUCCGAAUCUGUUGGGGAAAAACAUAUCCAAAAGCUAAUAAAUUCACUUUCCAAAUUAAUUGACGAAUUGGAAGCAAACGCAUCUACCGAUUUAAAAUUCAGUUUGAUUGCUGCAAUCUACUCAGUGUUACACCUCAGUUGUACGAAAAAUGAAAGAAAUAGAACUUCUAUUUCCCAGACUCAAACUGUUACUCAGACCAUAAAUUUUUUUGUGAGAAUCGUAGAAUUGUUUGACAAUCUCCCUUUCAAUACUUUCUACCCUACAUUAAAAGAAGGAUGUGGAUUCUUACGAUCACUAACCCUCGAUGAUGAUUUAGACGUUGAAUUCGGUCUAGGAAGUGAAAAUGCUCGUACUAUAGCUAAAAGUGACUCGUGUUUGGAAGUAUUUGUCAAGUUAAUAUCAAAGAUUUUGAACUCCUCAAAUGUGUGUGGAAUUUCUGACCUAUUUCAGACAUUAUCAGCUAUAAUUACUCGUGAGGAGUUGUGCACGAAAUUCGCAUCACUUAACGGCAUCGAUAUACUAAUGCAAACUGUCUAUUCUAAUAUAAAGUCAACUGUUAUUAUUUCGUCUUCAAUGGUCCUUUUACAAGCAUUAUGUGGUUCAGAUGCUUGUAAACUAUCUGUUAGUAAUUGGUCAAUCCAUAACAUUUCUGGACCUCAGCUUAUUGUAGAUAUAUUUGAAGACCAUAUAAAAAGUCCUGUUGUUACAAAAUAUAUCUCAGGUGUAAUUGCUGCUCUUACUCUUCGACAACCUGAUAUUGCAAAAUCGUUUGUUACAUCAGGUGCAUCAAAUUAUCUCAUCAAGUUAAGUUGAAUAAAAUUUGAAAAAUAAAAGUAUAAAUCUAAUAAUAAUUUAAACGUUGUACGAACAAAAACACUUAACAGAUUGGAUCUCUUACAUUUCUAUCUGGAUUGUCAACAUUUUUAAGCUUGAUUUGGCUCGUAUAUCUACACUUUGUAUACAUUCAAUAACCUUUCUGGUAUUGAUAAUCAUGCAAUACUUUGAAAAUUUAAUUUUAAUGCUAUUAAUUCUGAACUUAUUUGUUCAGUUAUAAUAUUUACCAACAAAUAUCACGCUCGAGUUUCAUUUAUCUAAUCCCCCAACUGUCCGAGCCGCAUGUAGAGCUAUACGUAACUGCGUCUCACGAUCUCCAGAACUACGGUCUUCGUUUUUGACAUCCGAUUCUGGUGCUGACACUGGUUUGGAAAAACUGCUCAAUUCUGCACUGAAAAUCCCAUCAUGUUGUGAUGAAGCUAAAGCAGCUCUUCGGGACUUAGACUGCAAGGUUGAGCUUCAGGAGCUCUGGAAAGGCCAUCCACAGUCUGGCUUAGUAAAUAGCAGUUAAGUUAUUCAAAUGGAUUCACUGAAUACUGAAACUCAUCUUCAUAAUCUGGCAUUGUAAAGUUCCUGACAUUCUAGUGCAUUCAAUAAACAUGACUGGUUAUGCUAUU